AUGAUGGCUGCCGAUCCUAGGCCGACGCUCACCCCCCAGCAAGCAACCGAAGUGACGCAGCAGCUUUAUGGAGUGACUGUGAGGGAGAUCAGCACCCUGCCUAGUUACAUGGACCAGAACUACCUCGUAGAGGAUGAGGAAGGCUCCAAGUACGUCCUGAAGAUCAUGAACUCAAAAGGGAGUGAGGAGACGACCCUGCUGGAGUUGCAGACACUCGCCAUGUCCUUCCUUCACCAGCAUGGAUUUCCUACGCAGACGCCGGUGUCCACCACCACAGGGCAGCUGAUGAGUAUGGAGGAAAUAGACUGUGGACAAGGUGCUCAAACCUACUGUGUGAGGUUGUUGACCUACCUCCCAGGGGAGAUGGUCUCAAAGUCUCCAGUCACAAAGCACGAUCUUUACAAUCUGGGCAAGUUGGCUGCAACCCUGAAUAAGACGUUGCUUCAGCUUUCCUCUCCAAACCUGGAGAUGUUACAAAAGGACGAUGAACAGUGGCAUAUGGAAAACGUUCCUCUUGUGGAGGGCUACCUGUCAGUGAUGGAUGGAGAUCCUCUGCAGAGUGUGAUCCGAGCAGUCAUCCAACAGUUUCAAUCACAUGUGCAGCCCAAAAUCAGCAAUUUCCAUAAAGGGAUAAUACACGGGGACCUGAGUGACCAGAACGUUAUUGUCACACCACUAACCAAUGGGCACCAUGAGGUUUCAGGCAUCCUGGACUUUUCAAUGCUCAUGGCCGGAUGCCACGUGUAUGAUCUGGCAAUAAUGAUCAUGUACACGAUGCUGGAGAACCCGAGUCCCUUGGACGUAGGUGGCGCACUGUUAGCCGGCUGGGAGAGCGUCAUGCUGCUCAACAGUGAUGAGAGGGACUGCCUCUACCUGAUGGUGCUCGGUCGGCUGUGCCAGUCUCUGGUUUAUGGAAGGCACAGUGUCAAGAAAUACCCCGACAACAAGGAAUACCUAUUGACCACAGCCAAACCUGGGACUCAGAUAUUAUACAAACUCUGGGAGCUGGGCAAGAAAGAAGUGGAGAAGAAGUGGUUCACAGACGCCAGCACAUUCAAACAAGAAAUAAAUACACGGAUGCUGGAAUCGGUCGUCUAUCGCAAACCGUUCCCCAUCCGACCUACAAAGCUCACCGACGAGAGAGCAGAGAGGCAAAGCGUCAGCGGGAAUUCAUUAAAGGCCUUCGCACAUCACAUCACGUGGCGCUUUUCAGCGGACGCCUCCACAUCUGCGGAAGCAGGCGUCAUGGUGGCCUAUCUGCAGCGAACAGACCUCUACAGUCGGCCUGUGGCGGGGGUGUGGACAGACAUGGCACCUUCUCAACACAUGGUGUGUUCCCCUGGCAGCAGGGCGCUGCACUGGGCCAGUUCUGGCCACUUGGCAGCCGUCCUGGCCAUUCCUCAGGACACUUAUUUUGAGCUAACAAGCUGUCCAUUUAGCUCUGAAGGGAUCGAGACUCUGCAUCUUCUCUCCGACAUAGAGACGGAUGUGGACUGGGAGGCCGAAUAUACACAGGGCGUCAGUGGAGGUCUCGUACCAAGUGGCCCCAGGCGGUUUGCCAGCCCCAUGGUGCCCCCCAUCCAGCAGGACUGUCCUGUGCAGGAAGAGGAAACCCCCUGA